CAAGACAAUCAAAUUCAUCACAGGAGAGAACAAAAAAGAAAAAAAAAAGUGUAGACGAUAGUUUCAUGGGAUAACAAGUGGAGAGACGCAGACACUGCCUUUCUCCACUCGACAUAGACAGGACGGGUUAUAGGCAAGUUGAGUUCCAAAUCAAGGUUUUGAGGUCAGGUCUGGUCAUGGGUGGUUUGGAGUUCAUAGAAAAUCUAAAACGUGUAUAGCUAGCUGUUCCACCUGAAAUACUUGGAAAUUAUUCUCCUGUGUCCGCGGGACGUAUCCCGUUUGAAGUGGAUGGUGUGGGUUUUUCAAAUGCUACCAAACCAAGUUGACGUUGUCUGAAUAAUUCCAUACUACAAGAGAUUCCUCUGAUUGAAAAUGCACCUUUUUCCCAUAAACCCCAGAUCGUUAGGACGGGCGGAUUCUUUUCAAAGUUUUCUUUUCUCUCAGGGAGGCUGCGUUGCAACUGAAAUAAGGUUUUUGUUUCUGUUAGAAAAGGGUGUUUGGCUUGCAAAAAAAAUGUUGAAGCAUGUACUUGGCAAGGUGUGCAACAAAGGGGUUAAUACGUAUGGAGGAGACAAAGUUAGGCCUUUCUUGUAUGUUCUCACAAGUGGUUUCCACAAUGGACAGGUUCAUUACGCACCAAGAAGCUUCUUUGGGGUAGAGGAUUUCCUAGAUGAUGACAAUAGCCGGCCAUACACAUACCAGAAGGAGAAGAAGUCAAAAAAUCCAACCAAGCAUGUAUCAUUCAAGCAACGCACUGUAGCCUACAUGGAGCCAUUUACACUUGACGUUUUCAUCUCAAAGCGCUUUGUGUCAGCCUCACUCACCCACAGGGUGACGAGCAAGCAGGUUGCAGUUGCCGGUACCAACUCUAAAGACAUUAAAGCUGUACUCAGGUCCCGAUCAGAUAUACCUGCGUGCUUGGCUGUUGGUCGUAUUUUGUCUGAUAGGGCAAGAGAAGCUGAUGUUUACACUGCUUCCUAUACUCCCAGGGACAGGGACAAGUUUGAAGGGAAGAUCAGGGCAGUGGUUCAAUCCCUCAUUGAUAAUGGGAUUGAUGUCAAAAUUUAUCUUGACUGAAUUGUUGCUUUUGUUGUUAAAUCACUCUUUCUUUUGAACCCCUUGAAAAAAUGGUGUCUGUAAUUCUAGUUUGCGAUCAUCAAGACAUCUUCUGGGAGAAUCAAAGAAAAGGAAAGUGAAAGUG